GAUCCAUCAGGUGGAAUGAAGGUACAGUUGCAACCGCCUAAUCGCAAAGCAUCCACGGCAUCAACGUCUAUUGUAAAAGUCCCCGUCUCCGAAUGAAGAGUCGAAAUUUCAUCGUCUUCUUUACUUAUACAUACACGAUUAUCGCUUGAAAUAAAUGUUUAAAAAUGGCAAAUACUAUCGUCAGCGAAACAGGAAUACGAACGGACGAAGGUGUAUCAGUCGACAGGGAGGAUGAAAAAAGCCUCUUGUACGAAUGGUUUACAAUGUUCUGGAAAACUCUGCACGAAUCUCUGCAAUCACAAUCAAACAGUCGCGGUAUUCCUUCACUCGAUUACAACAGGGAAGGGAAAAAAAUCUGUGAAGGGAACUGUGAAGAGAAACAAAACCAUUUGAUCGCAGCGUCUCUGGCCAAGGAUCUUGCUGCUCAUCAGCAAACCGAAACACUUUUCCACGCGGAUAGUAAAUCUCAAAAAUCGAAAGUCAGCAUGAAAAAAAGUAGUUUUGGACAGACAAAGGAGCAGAGCCAAAUAUUAAACACGAUUUAUACCACUUCCUUGGUAAAACGGAAGAAAUACGAUCGUCUCAAAGCUCUGAGAAAGAAGCAAAAAGUUCACUUAGCCGUGGCUUCGGUCAUAUAACUGUAGACCUUAAAAACCAAUCCGCGACAUUCAGACAAGCCGAGCAGAAGUUGAGUGGUUGUUCUCAUUUAUAAAAACCUUCUGCGAUAUAGUUUGAUCAAA